AUGAGACCGUUAACAGAAGACGAAACCAAAGUAUUCUUUGAGAAAUUAUCGAAAUAUAUUGGAAGGAAUAUUGUACAUUUAAUUGAUCGAUCAGAUGAAACUUAUUAUUUUAGAUUACAUCGUGAUAAGGUUUAUUAUAUGAGUGAAGCAUUAAUGCGACAAGCAAUAAGUAUAGGGCGUGAUCAAUUAAUUUCUUUAGGAGUAUGUUUUGGUAAAUUUACGAAAUCAAAGAAAUUUAAAUUACAUAUUACAGCAUUAGAUUAUCUUGCUCAAUAUGCAAAGUAUAAAAUAUGGAUAAAACCAAAUGGAGAAAAUACAUUUCUUUACGGAAAUCACAUACUUAAAGCACAUUUAGGUCGUAUAACAGAUGAUACUCCUGAACAUCAAGGUGUUGUAGUUUACUCAAUGUCUGAUAUUCCUUUGGGAUUUGGUGUUACAGCUAGAUCAACUGUUGAAACUCGUAAAUUACAGCCAACAGAUAUUGUUGCUUUUCAUCAAGCUGAUAUAGGAGAAUAUUUACGUGAACAAGACACUUUAUUUUAAACCUAUAAGAGCAGAAAUAAAAAAAAAGAGCUCGAUCUAGUAUAUAAAAUAUAAUUGUAAACAUAAAUGUUUUGGCAGGUUUAUUCAAUUAAUAGUUUUGGCCUACCAAUUAUUUUUUUAAAUAAUUUAUAAUGUUUUAGUAAAUGCUAAAUAAUAAAGGUAAAGUUGUUUUUAAAUUCAUGCAGUACCGGAAAGUAGAAGUUAAAAUUACCAAAAAAAAAGAAUAAAACUGAUAAUUAGAAUUAUUUCAAAUCUUGCCAUUUAUUAUUAAAAUAU